AUGUCUCAAGGUUAGUUAAUUAUAAAAUUUUAAAGUUAUUUUCGUUUUUUGUUAUAACUUUGUACUAAAAUUUAUUGUAUGUUUGACUGUUUUCAGGCUCGAGUAGUGACCUAGGAUCUGAAGGGUAAGAUGUUUACAAUUUUUUUUAUCUUUUAAGAGUCUUUUUUUGUUGUUUAUUUGGAAAUGCACUACCUAAACGUUUAUUAAAGUGCGUCAGAGAGAAUAAAAAACUUUUUUUUGUAAAAUGUUACUAUAUUUUGGAGUUUUAAAGGGUGUUUUUAAAUAUUUGGGUUAACUUUGAAUAAACAAGUAUACUAACAGGUUCAAAUUUUAAUUUUCUUAUUUUUAGAUCCAAUUCUAUGCGAUUGUUAUUUGGCGGUAGUGCGGAAGUCUUGAAAGCGGCCGAACUCGCAGCGUUGAAAGCAGAAAGCCAAGGGGACGCUGAAUCUGAAGCCUCGCAAGGAAACAACGGCAAUACAGUAAGUUAUAUUACUUUAUUUUGUGUUAUUUAGGCAGUGGCAAUCGUUUUUUGUGUAAUAUGGUUAAUUUUGGGUAUUUUUAGGCACGAAACGGUGAAUUAAGUACCGUUUACGAAGAAUCCGAAAACAUGGAGUCUCAGCCAACCGUCUCUAAUAGAAAUGGUACUAAUGGUAAUGGUAGUACUCAGGAAGUGCCCGAAGACCCUCAAGUAUCGCAGAAGCAGUCUGAGAAACCACAGGAAGUUCCAGAAAUCAACGUUCAAGCUCAACAGUUUUUGGGUGAAAAGGAGGAAUCGCAAAUGGUCGAUGACUCGUUGGCCGCAUUAAUGGAAGAUGAUGAUGAACAAGGUUCCGGGGCUCAAAAUCGUCAGUUCGAAGACAGUUUGAUUGGUGUGCAAGGUGGGGUGUUGGACGAUAACGAUGAGAAUAACGCUAACCAUCCGUUUUCGGAUUCAGAAACUGUUGGUCAACAAGUUACUGCAGAAGGGCGGGCUACAGAUGAUUCACAGGACUUCCAAUUUUUGGAACAAGGCGAAAGUGCAGAGGAUUUGGCUAUAAAGGACAGCACUGAGACCGAAAAUGUGGGCCAAGACGAAGGAGGCCAGCAGAAUGUUGAGGAAGAUCUUCAGAAUGCAGCUGAAAUCCAAGAAUCUUCAAACAAAAACGACGAAUCUUCUGAUUUGGUAUCAGUUUGGGCACAAAAACCAGAAGGAGAACAAGUGGAACAAGAGAAGGAAGUUAUAGAACCAGCUGAAGAAGGCGAGAAAGACAAAGUGCCACUUGAAGCCACUGAAGAACCAGACUUGCCAGAAAAGAUUGAGAGCGAAAAGUUGAAUGUUUCUGAUGAUGUUACUGAAGAUACGGAAAGAGCUGCUGCUGGUAACGAUGAUGUUGUUGGCGAAAUUGAAGACACAACUGGUGAACAACAUAAUGAAUCUCUAAAGAAGGCUGGCCAAGUUCAAAUCGACGAUGAUUCCAUUGCCGAAGUUGGAGAUGCUGCUGUUGAUGAUAAAAAUCAAGAUGUCGAUAAGAAGGAUGAAAAAGAUAACAAGGAAAAAGUAGAUGCUGUCAAACCAGCUGAGGAAGAUGACGUUGAGGGUAAAAUAGAAAAGGUUACAGUGCAACCGUUGACUGAAGAAUCUGAAUCUAAACGUCCAGCGCGAAGAAGCCGGCUGUCAGCUGCUGCCAACAUGGAGCAAGUCACUCCAAGGUCUUCAAGAAGAACAAGAAAGACGGAAACACCAGCUGAAGAACCAAAGGAAGAAGAAACAAAGGAAAAAGAGGAAGUUGAAGGUAAGAUUUAUUUUUUUGGUUUAAAAAUUUUUAAAAGUACUUUUUACGUGUAUUAUAGUGGUGAUUGUGAUAUUUUUAGAAAAAACCCCAAGAGCCACCCGAGGUCGUCGUUCUACUCAACAAACUCCAGUGGAAGCUCCAAAAUCGACUGGCCGAGCCAGAAGAGGCCGAAAAUCAGAGCCAGAACCGGUUGAGGAAGUUGCAGAAGAACAGGAAGAAAAGAAAGAAGAGGUUGAAGAGCAACAAGAAGAGGAAGUUGAGGAGCAUAAAGUUGUUGGUGAGUUUUAUUUUACUAACUUUUGUAAAUUUUAGGUGAUAAAGUUGGAAAAAUUAUGUUUUUAAAAAAGUAGAUUUGACCUUUUUAUGCGUUCAUUUUGAUUUUUGCUAUUUUUAUCAACCUGAUGGCUAAAAAAAAAUAAAUUUUAAAUUUUUAUUUAACGUCAUUUUAAUUUUUUUAGAAAAACCAGCAAACCAAACGAAGAAGCCAUCAUCGGCCAAAAAGUCAAAGAGAUCUGAAGCAGACGCUUUGAAGGAAGACCUCGAAGAAUCCGGAAUCAAACUGGACGAAGAGCCAGCUUCAGGAAGACGCUCUAGCCGCCGUAGACCAGCUGAAACUCCAAAAGCUGUUGCUAAAACACCAGCUAAAGCAACAAAAACAGAAGAGAAAACUCCAGCGCGAUCUACAAGAACUCCUAAGGCACCAGUUGAGGAUAAACCAAGAACUUCAGCACGAACUACAGCUAAAUCAACUCCAAAAACGGUCGAAAAGCCGAAAGAGACACCAAAACGCAAACGACAAGCGAAGAAAGAAGAGGAACCAGAAGAGCCAAUGGAAGUAGAUGAAGAAGAAAAGUCGUCAGAAGAAGAGAUAGAAGAACCAACACCUAAAAGAGGUCGUCAAGCUAAAACCACACCGAAAACGGCCGAAAAGGUCAAAGAAACUUCACGACGAGGUCAAAAAGCAGCGACUGAACCGAGGAAAUCGACCAAAAAGGCUGCGAACGCGAAUAAAACUUCGGAUGACCCAUUCGAUUUUGAUGAACAAAGUGAUAAUCAUCCACAACCAUUGUUUAAUGUGAGCAAGGCUGGGUUCAGCAACAUCAAGUUUACUUUGUCACCAAGAAACCAGAAGACUGCUGAGUAAGUUCAUACUUUUGAUAGCGUUAUAAUUAGUAGUUAAAGUGGAAGAAUGGUUGAAUUUUAUUAUUUACUGAGGUAGACGGUGGUUAAGAUACUUAUGAUAUUUUCAUUUUAAAAUUUUGGGAUAAUUUUGUCUUUUUUAGAUCACGCUACGCAAAUACCGAAAAAGCAGCAGCCGAACGCCUUCAAUCUCAACGAGAAGAUGCGGACGAACCAGUGAGAAAACAACUUUCAAUCACCGAACUCAGCACUUCAACCCCGAGUGCCAAGGCUGCUUUGAAAUCCAUCACACCGAAAACUAGUCAGCCAAGGACCCGGAAAGCCAAAACUCCAGAACAGAAAACACCAAAAGUAGUCAAAACUCCACGAGAAAAGAAAGCAACCCCAAAAGUGGUCGAACAGAAACAAGAACCAGAGAUUACGGCGCCAGAAGUGGACAAGAAGGACCAAAAAGAGAUUGAUUUUGCCCACGAACCAUUCCCAACGGGCAUGCGUGUCUUUGCUCUAUGGGGGAGACAACUAUACCCAGCCAUUGUUGUGGACCGAGAUGGCUUGGGCAGAUACAAGGUAUUCUUCGUGGAGGACAGUCUACACAGAGAUAUCCCACCGACCGGCAUAGUACCGUUGGCAUGGCUUAAGGAAGGUACUAAAGUCACAACGACUGACGAUGAAGGCAUUGAAGUGGUUGGCGAGGUUACAAACGUACCGGAUUCAGAUAAUGUUGAUGUAUGGAAUGAAGCCAUCUUUGAAUUAAAGGAUGGUAGUGAGAAGUAUAGCACGUAGGUUUAUAUUUUACUUGAAAAGCUAUAACAAUUGUAAAUGAAGUGUUUUUGAAUUAUUUUUGUAGCCAGUGACGUCGUUUGGGGGAGGGGGGGGUGGUUCGGGGCGACUCUUCCCCCCCCCCUCCCCCAGAGCCGAUCCGAAAAAAAAUUCCACAGGUACGUGAAAAAACGAAAAAAAAAAUUUUUGAAAAAUUGGUCCGCCUGUGGACCAAAAAAAAUUUUCGACCUCCCCCCCAGAGAAAAUCCGUAGCGACGUCCCUGGUUGUAGCUAAGCAAAAUUUAUAUAAAAUCGUUUCAGCGCACCAUGGGGACAACUAUAUUUAAGUCUGGCACAACAAAAAGCCAUUGGAGUACCAGCGAACAAGUCCGUAGUUGUAGGAGAGGAUAAUGUGGUGCCAAGAUCUAGAAGAAGUCACGCUGCAACUUUCAACACUCUGAAAGAGGAGCCAAAGUCAGCGUCGAGGAAGAGAAAACAACCAGAAGAAGCGACUCCAGAAGUCACCAAACCUAAACGAGGACGACGAUCUAAGGCUUCCGAAGUUGUAGCAGACAAAGGAUCAGAAGAGGAAGCAAUGGAAGUGGUCAAUGAAGAUGAGUUGUUCAAAGGAAAUUACUACUUGUUGACUUCGUCGGCCAGAAGAGCCAAUUGUAAGUUUAGUUUUUGGUAUAAAUAACAUUGUUAUAAAUUAAAUACAAUAUUAACAUCAGAGUUUGACUGAAUUUUUUUAUAAAAGAUAUUUUUAGUGACAGACUUCAACAAACGAGAGUUCAAAGCCAUGAUCGAAGCCAGAGGAGGAACUGUAUUGGAAGAAAUCACUGACUUACCAGAGAAUGCUACCGCUUUUCUCGUGGCUGACACCUAUUACAGAACUCACAAGUACCUUUUCGCCUUGGCCGCAGACAUUCCAUGCGUUCACUACAGCUGGAUUCAGAAGUGUGUUGAUCAGAGCAAAAUCCUCGCCUACAAAGACUUCCUCCUACCGGCCGGGAUUUCCUCCCUGGACGACGAAGAGCACCCGUGCCAACCGCUGAAAGGAAAACUUCUGAAAGAUCAAAACGUUUUGGUUUAUUCGGCUCAGGAGGCGGCUGAAAAUUUGAUCCAGUUUGCGGAGAUCUGGCGGCCCAUGCUGUUAACCCUUGGAGCUAAAGUAACAUCGACGGCGGAAACAGAUGUUGAGAACUUUAAAGCAUUUAUGGCUGAAAACCAAUUCGACUUUGUACUUACUGACAAAACAUGCUCUCCUGAUUUGGCCAAAGUUGUGGAGGAAGCUGGAAUUCCAUUGGUCAGCUCGAACCUGGUCAUUCAUGUAAGUUAGAGUUUUGUGAGAGAAGUUGAAUUGACUUUGUAGAGUGUUUUUUACACUAUAAAAUAAUUUUGAGCAGCUCAUAUCAAUUUGGAAAUUGUAAAAUAUUUAGACGUGCCUGUUUUAGAUAUUGUUUUGUCAUUUAAAAUAAUUUUUCAAUUUUAGGGAAUCGUCACUGGCGACUGGGUGGACGUCUCGGCUCAUCCUUCCUUCGCACCAACAGCUUAA